CGUUUCACCUGCGACACAGCCCCGCUUGCAGCAGCCAUGCGCCGUUCGCGACAGUGUUAUGGUCGCGACUGCUGAGUGGCGAGUGACGGCGAGGUGUCUUGUCUGCUAAAGUUCGGGUUUGUGUAGACACGGAAAGGAGGAGCGGCGCGCCGAGCGGACGCUCUUCCUGCUUCUGUCUGACGGCCGUGUGAGCGUGACAGGACAGGGGGGCACUGCCAUGUAGCUGAGGCAGAAGAAUGAGCGGUCAGCACUCCCCAGCAGCUGGGACAGACGACUACGCGGUCCAGCAGGAAAAUGAACUAGAAGCCCUCACCUCUAUCUUCGGAGAUGACUUCCAGGAUCUGCGGAACAAGGACCCGUGGAAGGUUAAAAGACCCCCAGAGAUGCACCUCUGCCUGCGCCCCAACGGGCUGAACAAUGGGCAGGAGUGCUACGUGAAUGUGGACUUGCAGGUCAAAUGUCCUCCCACAUACCCAGACGUGCCUCCAGAGCUGGAGCUGAAGAAUGCCAAAGGCCUCUCAAACGACAACCUCCAGAACCUUCAGAGUGAACUCACCAAGCUGGCAGCGGUGCGAUGCGGGGAGGUGAUGAUUUACGAACUAGCGGACCAUAUCCAGGGCUUCCUGAGUGAGCACAACAAGCCUCCAUCACGCUCCUUCCACGAGGAGAUGCUGAAGAACCAGCGGAGGCAGCAGGAGGAACGAGCCCUGGAGGAGCAGCUGCGGAUAGACGAGCAGCGCAAACAGGAGGAGGAGAUGGAAAAAGAGAUCAUGGCUGUAAUCCAAAGAAGAGAGGAGGAGAAGCGAGAGGAGAAGAGAAGAAAGGAAAUAGCCAAACAGGAGCGACUCGAGACUAUGGAGCAGCCAGUCCCUGCUAACUCUUCCCAGUUAGGGAAGAGCCCACCCAGUCCAGGCGGAGCUCCUCCUGAGCUGACCGAAGCUAAGAAAGGAGUCGGUAACCGCCGUCGGACUACCUCGAACACACGCCACAGACGCGACACGGUUAAUGAAGACAACCAUCGCUCACAGGAGCUUCUUCACUUCAACAGCAGCACUUUUGGAGAACUUGUUGUCCACAGAGGGAAGAGUUUAGGUGGAAGCAAGAGGCUCGGCCGUAAUGUUUAUAAUGGAUUUGAGGCAAACUCAGGAGACUUUGCAGUGAUCUACGAGUGGUCGCUGUGCUGGAACAAAACAAUGGGCAAGUUCUUCACCAGCCAGGAAAAAGGAAAGAUUGAGUCCUGUAAGAAGCAGAUCCACGCGGCAGAAAAUGAGUUCAACUCCCUCCUGAGGCUGGAUCACCCAAACUUGGUGCACUACAUGGCACUGAGCUCUACUGAGAAGGAGGACUGCCUCGUGGUUAACCUGCUGGUGGAGCACGUUUCCGGUAUCAACUUGAACCAAAGUCUGGUCAGCCACACUCCGGUCCCUUUAGAUAAACUCUGCCAUUACACGGCCCAGCUGCUGGCCGCUCUCGACUACCUUCACUCCAACUCUGUAGUCCACAAGCUGCUGGGGGCCUCCAGCGUGCUGUUGGACUCCGAGGGCAACGUUCGAUUGACUGAUUACAGCUUAUCGAAGAGAUUUGCUGACAUCUGCAAAGAAGACAUUUUCGAGCAAGCCCACGUGCGCUUCUCAGAGGAUACAGCGAUGCCGACGAAAACGGGCAAAAAAGGGGACGUGUGGAACCUCGGGCUGAUGCUGCUCGCUCUGAGUCAGGGGAAGGAAGUGAAGGAGUAUCCAGUCACCGUGCCAGCUAGCCUGCCUGCUGACUUCCAGGACUUCCUACACAAGUGUGUCUGCCUGAUUGAUGCUGAACGCUGGACAACCCAGCAGCUGUUGGACCACUCCUUCCUCAAGCCCCCGUCACCUAAAAACCUGCCACGGUACCAGGAUUCCAGCCCAGAAGACCUCGCUGAGGACUUUGCGUCAUCGGUCAUCCCGCGGAGUCACAUCCUCAAUGCUCCAUUCAGCUCCGGGGUGGAGAGGCAGUUUUCACGCUACUUCAAUGAGUUUGAGGAGCUGCAGCUUCUGGGAAAAGGAGCCUUUGGUGCUGUAAUUAAGGUCCAGAACAAACUAGAUGGUUGUUACUACGCUGUGAAGCGCAUCCAGGUCAACCCAGCCAGUAAGCAGUUCAGACGGAUCAAAGGCGAGGUGACGCUGCUCUCGCGCCUCAACCAUGAGAAUAUUGUCCGUUACUACAACGCGUGGAUCGAGCGGCAUGAGAUGCCCUCCACAGGGGUGCUGAGCAACACCGACAGCUCCGAGCCUCAGAGCACAGCCAACAAGCCCCCUCUGGGCAGGGAUCCUCCGCAGCGCCUCAACGAACUUGGCCUCCCUGACAAUGUGGAGGACAUCGCGCCGCCUCCGGCCCUGUCGAGCUCUGUGGAGUGGUCCACCUCCAUCGAGAGGUCCUCCAGUGCCAAGUGUAGUGGACACCAGUCCAGUGACGAUGAGGACGACGACGAUGAUGAUGAUGAAGAAGAUGUGUUUUGUGCCUCUUUUUUGCCGUCAGAUAGUGACUCGAGGAGUGACAUCAUUUUUGACAAUGGCGAUGAAAGCACAGACGAGAUGUCACAGUUUGAGCCAAGCAAAAGGCCAGUGACUGACACAACGGAGAGCACAGACUCAGAUCGACCUCUCCUCAUAGCACAUUACUUGUACAUACAAAUGGAAUACUGUGAAAAGAGCACUUUAAGAGACACAAUAGACCACAGCCUGCAUCAGGACCAGAAUCGGCUAUGGAGACUGUUCAGGGAAAUACUGGACGGCCUUGCUUACAUCCAUGAGCAGGGGAUGAUUCACAGGGACUUGAAGCCGGUCAACAUCUUCCUUGACUCACAGGACCAUGUGAAGAUUGGAGACUUUGGCCUGGCUACAGACCAUCCUGCUAAUGUGGCUGCAGGUAAAUUUGAAGUAGAGGAGAGUGGCUCUGCAGUGAUGUCCAAACCGGACCCUACAGGUAACAUGACAGGCAUGGUUGGAACUGCCCUCUACGUCAGUCCAGAGGUUCAAGGAAAUACUAAAGCCACCUACAACCAAAAAGUUGACCUGUUUAGCCUCGGAAUCAUCCUCUUUGAGAUGUGCUACCGGCCGAUGACCACCGGGGCCGAGCGCAUCUCUGUCCUGAGCAAGCUACGUGUGGAGCCCAUCAUCUUCCCCGAGGACUUUACUGCAUUUGAGCAAGGAACACAGAGGAAGGUGAUCCAGUGGCUGCUGAACCACGACCCAGCUCUGCGGCCCACCACCCAGGAGCUGCUCAAGAGUGAACUGCUGCCUCCGCCCCAAAUGGAGGAGUCAGAGCUGCAUGAGGUGCUGCAGCACACCAUGGCCAACAUCAAUGGAAAGGCCUACCGCACCAUGGUGGGCCAGCUGUUCGCUCAGAACACCUCACCGGUCAUAGAUUACACCUACGACAUAGACCUACAUAAGGGCAACUUCAGCUUCAACAGUGCCAAAUUGCAGCAGCAUGUGUAUGAAACAAUCACCAGGAUCUUCAAGAAGCAUGGUGCGGUGCGUCUCCAGACACCACUGCUCCUCCCGAGGAACAGGAAGUUGUAUGAUGGCAGCGAGCUGGCCUGCUUCAUGGACCACAGUGGAAUGCUGGUCACACUGCCCUAUGACCUUCGCAUGGCGUUUGCAAGACUCGUCGCCCGCAAUAAUAUUACUCAUCUGAAAAGGUAUAGCAUUGAACGUGUGUUCCGGCCCAGGAAGCUGGAUCGUGCACACCCGAGGGAGCUUCUGGAGUGUGCCUUUGAUAUCAUCACACCCGUCACCAACAGCUUGCUCCCUGAUGCCGAGACCAUUUACACCAUCUCUGAAAUAGUCCAGGAAUUCCCUGCACUUCAGGAAAGGAACUAUAACAUUUACCUGAACCACACCAGCUUGUUGAAGGCCAUCCUGCUCCACAGCGGAGUCCCUGAGGACAGACUGAGCCAGGCCUCCAACAUACUGUGUGACGCCAUGAGUGAAAAGCUUACCAAACGUGAGGUGGAGGCAAAGUUCUGCAACUUUUCACUGUCAACCAACAGCUUGCAGACACUGUACAAGUACAUAGAACAGAAGGGGAAUCUGCAGGACCUGGCGCCGUUGUUGACAUCACUCACCAAACAGAAGACUGCCGUCACCCAGCUGGCCAAGCAGGGCCUCAAGGACCUGGAGGAGCUCACAGUGCUUCUGCGCAGACUGGGAGUUAAACUGCAGGUUGUGGUCAACUUAGGCUUAGUGUACAAGGUGCAGCACCACUCUGGUGUCAUCUUCCAGUUUGUGGCUUUCAUCAGGAAACGCAAGCGAACUGUUCCUGAUAUAGUGGCUGCUGGAGGACGCUACGACCACUUGAUCCUGGAGUUUCGAGGGCCAGCUUCCACAGUGCCAGUCCCCUCUGCAGUCGGGGCCAGUGUGGCCUUGGACAAAGUCUGUGCUGCUAUGGCCAUCAUGGAGGAGCCACCAUCAGUGAGCUCCUGCGAUGUCCUCGUGGUCCCAGUGGGGCAUUCUUCAAUGUCCAAAGCCAUCAACGUUGUCCAGAAGCUGUGGAGCACCGGCGUCUCUGCAGACAUCGCCUACGAUGUCUCACAGUCUCAGGAGACAUUGUUGGAGCACUGCAGGCUGGCCGGCAUCACCUGCAUGGCCCUGGUGUCUGACAAGGAGGGAAACUAUGUGAAGGUAAAAUCCUUUGAGAAGGACAGACAGUCCGAGAAACGGAUUCCUGAGUCGGACUUGGUGGACCACAUCAUUCAGAAAUGUCGGACCAAAUUCUUUGAGGAGAGAAACAUCAGAGAAAUCUCUGAAAGCAUGUCUCUUCAGAACCCCAAAGCCUCACUGCUCAACACCACAGGCUCUUCGGAGCAGCAUGGGAGCAGUGGCACCGUGAACAUGAAUGUGAACGUCAUCAGCCCGGAAAAGGUCUCCUCCAGUUCUAGACGACGCUAUGAGACUCAGAUUCAAACCAGAUUACAGAAUCUCGGUAGCAAUUUGCAGAACAAGAGCAAUGACAUUGAGGUUCUGGCGGUGGACCUGCAGAAGGAAACGCUGAUCAACUUCCUGUCUCUGGAGUUUGAGAGUGAGGAGCAGUUCAACAGCAGCGUGAAGACUCUGCUGUCUCGUCUCCCAAAGCAGCGUUACCUAAAGUCCAUCUGUGAUGAGAUCCACCAUUACAAAAUUACGAAAAGGGUGGCUGUAGUGGUCUUGUACAGCUACAGGGAUGACUACUACAAGAUCCUUCUAUGAAAACCAAGUUGUUCUACUGGACUGGGAGACAUUCCGCUUUGACAAAGGCUCAGUAGACCCCCACAGCCCAUUUUUUACCUUGGACCUACAGAAUCUGCUUGAAGACUGACUGAUUCAUACCUUUUCCAUUUGGAAAGCGAAAGCCCCAAAGACAGGUUUUUUUUUGUUUUGUUUUUUUUUUUUUAACCAAGUUGAAUAGUAACUGAGCUAUUCCACCCAAGCUCCAUAACUUUCCUAAAAGUUUCCAGUGUUUUGUUGUCUCCUUAAGACAAAAGUAAUCAAGAGGUUUAAUGGACUUUGCCUUAAUACAACGGUUGGAUUUGAAAAAGAAAGGGCUUUUUACUGAAGAUUAUGUGUGAUGAAUUCAACGGUUUUACAUUUCUAAAUAGCAACAUGAUGGAUAAUUGGAAUAAAUCACUU